AUGCGCAUCACUAUAGCCGCCCUAUUGUCCUCCCUCUUGGGUCUAGCAUCGUCCGCCCCGCCCGCUCCUGCGUGGCGAUUCGUGGAGAAAGGCAACUCUGGGAUUGUCGCUCUGGAGUCGAUCGUCGUAUCACCCACACUUGCUGUGUUCUUCGAUCGCGCGACAAAUGACCCACUGCAUACUGCUAACGGCAAGGUCGCAUGGGGCGCCCUGUGGAAUAUGGAAACCAACACGGCUACACCAUUGAAAUUGGUAUCCGACACUUUUUGUGCGUCGGGCUCCAUCUUGAGCAAUGGUACCAUGGUCAGUGUUGGAGGUCAAAUUCCCGCUCCAGAGGACGUGAACAACACUGGCGCCGUCGAUGGCCGCAUGGGUCUACGUUUGUUUGGCCCUUGCACUGAUGCAGCUGGGGUAGGCCCGGGAUGCACAGUCUUUGAAGACCUCGAAACUCUCCACCUCGCGGAAACCAGAUGGUAUCCGUCAUCAGUCAGAAUCUUCGACGGCUCUCUCAUGAUCAUCGGUGGCAUUCACGAGGAAACCAAGUUUUACAAUACUGACCCUGUGAACUCGUUCGAGUUCUUCCCGCCCAAGGACGGUGGCGUUCCCAGACCAUCCGCAUUCCUCCAGCGGAGUCUUCCUGUUAACCUUUUCCCAAGAGCAUUCUCUCUACCAGAUGGCAAGGUUUUCAUGCUGGCAAACAACCAAACGAUCAUCUACGAUAUCGAAGCAAAGACAGAGACCAUUUUACCUGAUCUACCCAAUGGUCAACGAGUAUCAAACCCAUUCGACGGUACUAUCACCAUGCUCCCACUUUCUCCGCCACUCUUCACUCCUGAAGUGCUCGCGUGCGGAGGCUCCACAAAGAGCGACACCACUCCAGUUGAGCAGCUCUCCUCUCAGGACCCUGCGACCUCCCAAUGUGCACGUCUCACGGUCACGCCCGCUGGGAUUGCGCGUGGCUGGCAAGUUGAACACAUGCCGCAAGGCCGAAUGAUGCCCGAGAUGAUUCUCCUGCCGAAUGGUCAGGUACUGAUUACCAACGGCGGACUCACGGGCUAUGCUGCCGUCAAUUCCAUUGGCAAGACUACAGGGAACUCCAAUGCCGACCAUCCAGUUUCAACGCCGAUUCUCUACUCUCCUGAUGCCGCAGUAGGCAAGCGGAUGAGCCAAGAAGGUCUCCCAACCACCAACAUCGCGCGAAUGUACCAUUCGACGGCCUCCCUCACUCCCCAGGGAAAUAUUCUCCUCGCUGGAUCGAAUCCUAAUGACAAUGUCACUGUUGUUCCGCCUGGUCAACCUGGAUUCUCAUCAGAGCUGCGUGUGGAAACUCUGGACCCUCCUUUCAUGUCGAUGGCCCGACCAGUGCUCUCUAACGUCCCGUCCAAGAUCGCAUUCAACCAACGGUUCAACAUCAACAUCGAUAUUCCUGCUGGCGUGUCGACCUCAAGCAUCAAAGUCGCACUCAUGGAUCUCGGCUUCUCCUCGCACGCAUUCCACUCGAGCGAGCGACUCGUGUUUAUGGAUGCCGUUCUCGCACCGAACAAGCGGUCGCUCUCGAUUAUGAGCCCGCCCAACAACCGUGUGUACCCUCCGGGUCCCGCGUUUAUCUUUGUCACGGUUGGCGACACAACCAGUGUGGGAGCGCAUGUUAUGGUUGGGUCGGGAGCGAACCCGCCUGUUGCAGACCAGGGAGUUCGCAUCUGA